AUGUUAUGGAGAAAGACAAAAUUGUUUGAAGAUGAAGAAAGAAUGACGUCUGCGGUCACAAAAAAUAGAUCGGAAAGAAAUAAAGCAGCCCAUUUUGCUUUUGAUAAAAAACAUUCAGUUUCAUUUACUGCACAUAGGCCUACCUUCAAAACUUCUACGCCGAGCUACAUUGAGUUUUAUUAUCUUGAUGAUAACGAUGAACGAUUAAAACGAAGAGAAGUUAUAAUGCCAAUGGCGAAUUUAAUGAAGAAACGACUAAAAGCUGAUAUAAAUAAUAAAAAUGGAAAUCAAAAACCUGAAUGGGAUCCUGUCCUAUCCUUUUACGUUAAUGAACCUGAAUUCAAAUUUGUUACCCCUCCAUUACACAGAAAUAUUGCCCAUUUUCAUGAGAAACCACAGUUACGUAGUAAGACAUUUUAUGACAAGCAAUCUAUGUAUGAUUUUAUAAGAGAAAAGCUUAAAGCAAAAAAUGUUGUCUUAGCAAAAAUGAAGUCGGCACUAAGUAGUAAUAAGAAGACUACAGAUUCAAAGAAAUCUCAUGAUGAAGAAACAUGUCCAGUCACGUUCACUUAUGGAAACAUGAAUUCAACCAAUAAUGAUACUACAUUAACCUCCGUUUACGAUAAAAUUAAAUUCUUUGAAACAUAUGAUCAACAUACCCAGCCACCCGAUGACAAACAAGAUCGCUACCGAGAUAUGCAAAAUAUGAUCAAAGAAAAUUACAUUGACUCUAACCAGAAAGUAGUGCUCGAAGAUAUUAAUAAAAAUAUAGGCCAUCAACACACUGGACUCCAUCAAACACAUGUUAAAAAGCACGUAUCUGAUGAUUUCGAAAAUAAAAUUAAAAAUAAUAACAACACAGUCAACACUACGACUACAAAUCAUGUAACUUGUAAAAUUAACAAUACAUCAAACGAGCAAAAUCCUACGAGGAACUACAAUUUUUUUAUGACCGACCAAAAGCUAUUUAAUUACACGUUAAAAGCGGCGAAAAAUGCAAGCAAGCCCGUUUUAUGGUCCGAUUAUCCUUUUGCUGCUGUAUAUAUUUAUGAGCCGUCUCAAAUACAUUGCGAUGCAGCUGCUCUGAGCCCUCAUUGGCUAAUGGCCUCUGGAGCUUGCCUGUCUCGCUACCAUCGCAAGGAUCCGAUGACGGAAAGACGAUCAGCUUUUGUAGCAUACUGUGGUGAAGACUGGUGGAGCCCCGAACGUAUUACUUACGUGAAAUAUAUUGUCGUACAUCCACGUUAUCACCCUAAAGACGACAAAAGGAAAUAUCUAUACAAUAUAGGUCUCAUUCAAGUUGUAGGUUCAAUGGCAUCCGCUUGCGUCAGCUGGGAACCUAUAUCUAUAAUGUCUCAUCAUUUUGCAGCAAAUGCUGAAGGGACUUUAGUAACAGCUGUGGGUUGGGGUAUGGACAGAUACGAUGUCAGAUAUUUUCAAUCACAUGUUCCCAAAGUUCCUUUACAUAUUUACAAGGCAAAUGUUUAUUCAUCAUCUUGCCCUGGAAAUAAAGCUUACAGGUAA